CUGCCCCAUUGAAGCAACAUGGCGCCGUUAGGGGGUUGUGGUGUUCUGCGGAUGGCUUUGCUCUGGCUGGCUUUCUGCGCACUGGGCCGGGGUGACUCGGGGACAGAGGAGUACCUGAAGCGAGAGCACAGCCUGUCGAAGCCCUACCAGGGUUUGGGAGCUUCAAGUUCCGGUACUUUCUGGGAUAUUUCUGGAAACACGAUGGUGACUGCUCAGUAUGUACGGCUCACUCCUGAUCUGCAGAGUAAACAGGGAGCGAUCUGGAACCGUGUAGCCUGCCUGAUGAGAGACUGGGAGAUGCAGAUACAUUUCAAAAUCCAUGGACAAGGGAAGAAGAAUCUGAAUGGUGACGGGUUCGCAGUUUGGUACACCAAAGAUCGCAUGCAACCAGGUUCAGUAUUUGGAAGUAAAGAUCUCUUUACUGGACUCGGAGUAUUCCUGGAUACUUACCCAAACGAGGAGAAACUACACGAGUCUAAGAAGAGGAGAUAUACACCUUCCGCUCAGCGAAUUUUUCCAUAUAUUUCGGCAAUGGUGAACAACGGGAGCUUGUCCUACGACCAUUCACGAGAUGGUAGGCCCACGACUAUUGGAGGAUGCACGGCCCUGGUGAGAAAUCUCAACCAUGACACCUUCGUUGUGAUUCGGUACUUGAAGAGAAGGCUCACGGUUAUGAUUGAUAUUGACGGCAAGAAUGAAUGGAAAGACUGCAUCGAUAUUCCAGGUGUCAGGCUGCCGUUGGGCUAUUACUUCGGCGCUUCUUCCGCCACUGGAGACUUGACGGAUAAUCACGACAUCAUUUCAGUUAAGGUCUAUCAACUAACAGUGGAGAGGGCGCCUGGAGAGGAGGAAGAAGAUGAAGAGGCGUUCAUCCCCAGCGUGGACAACUUCAUCCUGCAAGGAGAUGAUUCAGAUUCGGAGCCGAUGAGUGGCGUAACACUGUUCUUCAUCAGCUUCUUCUCGCUGGUGGGUCUGAUGGUGCUUGCUGUGAUCGGAGUCAUCGUCUUCCAGAAAUGGCAGGAGCAGAGCCGCAAGCGCUUCUACUGAGGUCCCGGGCAGCGGAGAGGCCAAGAGCCCAUGUCCAGGAAGAGGCACUAGAUGGGCUUACUUUCCUUCAAGGAAGCGUCAUUCCACUGGCUCUUCAUUGUUACUCUGUGUACUGCUUUCAAGAGGAAUCCAUACCUACUUGACCCUGUGUUAUACUCAGGCAGAGGUUAAUGAGAAUCCCCACUGUCCCAAAGCAAUUGACCUGGGUUAAUUCUACGGUUUGAAAGAGAGAACUGACGUAAUAGUAUGGACUUCAAUCCCACUUUUUUUUCAGUGCACUGCAGAAAUAACCUGAUUGGAAGACGAAAGUGAAGGAAAGUUUUACAAUGCCUCUCUCCCUGAACAAAUCCGCUCUGUUGUGUUGUGAAAGUUAGGACUAAAUAUUAUGGAGAAUCUCAUUGUACCCACUAAUCACUAUGGGGGGCUUUGAAGAGUUUGAAAGUGCUUUGCAAGAAUAUUUUUUUAAACGGACAAACCACUUCCAGCUGCUACUUAAGAAAACAAAACUGAAAUGAGGAAGAAAGUCAUUGUGUGACUGUUCCCCUUUUAUUCUAACCCAAAAGGACACUUGAACUGUGUGCAGUUGAAACUGCUGUGCCUCAUUGUGUGCGUUGGUUACUUGCAAUUGAGUUUAUUUUUCAGGCUAGUGUGAAGGUGACACUUGAAAUGUUUCAUAAUUUUGGGUUAUAACAGAUAUGUUUAAAAAAGGUGUAUGUACGUGUGUGGGGAUAAUGGUUCAGAUAUUUCCCUGUGAGGACAAAAUGAAGUGCAUCUUAUUUCUGAUCUGAUACUGCAUCAGAAUAAAUUUGCUGGAAGUCUGAAGGCAGGCAGAACUGUGGGUCAGCUGCUUUUGUUUUGAGUGGUUGCU